AUGCUUCGGCUCAUCGUCCGCAGACCUCUGGCGGCGGCGGCGGCGGCGGCGGGCGCUGCCGGUGUCGCGACCAGAACCGUGUGCGACUCAGCGGCGCUGGUCGCAAAGCAGAACAGCAGCAAGCCGGAGAGCGUCAAGGUCACGCCCUUUAGCCUCGGUGGAGAGCAGCACGACCAGAGCACGUUCGUCGGUAGGCUGACGAAGAUUCAGGAGCUAAUCGACAUGCGCACCAUCUUCCUCACCGACGCCGACGUUGCGGCAGCGCAGGCGCGCCUCAACGAGUUCAAGAGGCUGGGGCGGUGCCCCGACGGCGUCUCCGACCAGGACAUGUGGGAGGCGCAGAGGACGGUCAAUGCCGUCGUCCACGGCCCGACCGGCGAGAAGAUGUUUCUUCCGGGGAGGAUGUCGAUGUUUGUGCCCAUGAAUCUGCCGAUCACGGCCGGCAUGGUGCUGGCCGCCUCGCAGCAGGCGAGCAUGCGAGUGACGCUGCUGCUGCAGUGGGCAAACCAGACCUACAAUGUUGUGAACAACUACGUCUGCCGCGCCGGCCCGGAGGUCGCGUACGGCCCACUGGCGCAGUCGUACGGCCUCGCCGUCACGGCGUCGUGCUCCAUCGCAAUGGCGGCGGGAAGCCUCCUCUCGACGUACCCGGGGCUUCGGGUGCUCGGCCCGCUGGUGCCGUACCUGGCCGUCAUCUCGGCGGGCACGACCAACGUCUGCUUCACGCGCAUGGACGAGAUCAAGAACGGGAUCGAGGUGUCCGACGCCGACGGCAACCCGCUCGGCCGCUCGGUCGCCGCCGGGCAGACCGCCGUCUUCCGGACGGUGACGACGCGCUCCAUGUUCCUGCCCGUGCUCUCGCUGCUCUUCCCGCCCGCCGCGAUGAGGGUGGUGUACGCCACUGGGCUGGUCGCCGCCGGCACCGCGGCCGCCAUCGCCAUCGAGGUUGCCGCCGUGGGCGUGGGCUUGGCCGUCGGCCUGCCCGCCGCGCUCGCCCUGCAGCCACUGCAGAUGGAGCUCGACGUGGGCUCGCUCGAGCCCCAGUUCCAGGGCCUCAAGCGGGCGGAUGGGUCGCCGUGCACGCACGUGUACGCGAGCAAGGGGAUGUGA